GACGCAGUGCGGUGAUGAGGAGCCGUGUGGAGUCGGAGGUGGCCAAGGCAAGAAGCCACUAAUGGGGGGCCUCAAGGACCCGGGGAUUAGGGGAGACCAACGUCUUCUCUCGUACAGCUGCUGGUUGGUCAAGCCCAGACAACCGCGCAAGGAGCAGGGGAGUCGUGUCAUCGCGGCGAUGUCUGCUUCGUCUUUGUGGAUCGCAAACCUGUCAACCCCUUAUCAGUGCCCAUCUUAUUCAGACCUUAUUGGUCAACCCCGUGGAUUGACAGCUGUGGGUUGAUAGCUAUGGGUUGAUAGCUAUGGGUUGACAGCUAUGGGUUGAUAGCUAUGGGCAUUGCCGUGACCUGUUUGUUACGUUGCGCACCGCCUGUUCUGGAUGACACAAGUCGCACACAGCUGACCGAGAGCGGAUUUACUAAUCGCGGUUCUCACCGCGGCCUCGCGGGCGCCCGUAGCGCCGACGUCACCCGAUUCGUGCACGGGCAGCGCGGAGCCACGCAACGGCACACGGGGACCGGGAACCCCGGGAAAGGGGUCCGGACCAGGGGACUCAGGACCCCAGGACAGGGACCCAGACCAGGGGACUUAGGAUUCCAGGUCAGGGGACUCAGGACCCCAGGACAAAGGAGCCAGGACUGCAGGGAAGAAGUGGACCCGAGGAGACGGACCCAGGCCUCCAUGACGGGGACUUAAGACCCCAGGACAGGGACCCCAGGACCCCAGGUAACCAGGACAGGGACUCUGGGGGACCUUGGCUAAAACAGGGGUGCGUAACCCAAGGCUCGGACCUGGGACCGCAGGAGCUGCAACCAAGCCCAGGCACGCUGCUUGGCCGGGACGUGCGGUGCAUCGCGCUGAUGCCCGGGGGGCUUCACGCGUGGUCCCCUUCCCGUGCCGCGCAGGGGGUCACCCGUCGGGGGUCGUCCUCCCGCGCCACAGCAGGCAAGGGGGCACGGGCGAGGGAGCCGAACAGCGAGGAGGCGGCACAGUGAGACGAGGAUUGGGAGGCAGAGGGGGCCAUGCCCCUCUCGCUGCUGCUGCCGCGCCGCGGGAAGCUGCCGCGACCUCGCUGCGCCACGCUCUGCGCCAUCUCCCUCAUCGCCCUCGCCGCCGUCUCCUUCUACCUGAAGCCGUGCGCCCCGGACGCGGGGGGCCCCGACGGGGCCUCGGCGCGGGAGGCUCGCCACGCCGGGGCCGGAGACGACGGCGGCGGCGACGGCUGCGACAAGUCCCGCGGCAAGUCGGCGCCGCACCUUCAGGCGCCGCUGCCUCAGUCGCAGCCGCGGGUGUCGGCCUUCCUCGCCGUGCUGGUGAUGACGGGGCCUCGCUACACGGAGCGCCGCGACAUCAUCCGCAGCACGUGGCUGGCGGAGCACGGCGGCGGCGGCGGCGGUGGCGACGUGAUGGCGCGUUUCGCCGUGGGCACUCACGGCCUGAGCGCCGAGGAGGCGCGGGUGCUGGCCGAGGAGCAGGAGCGGCACGGCGACCUGCUGCUGCUGCCCGAGCUGCGCGACUCGUACGAGAACCUGACGCGGAAGCUGCUGCACAUGAUGGCGUGGCUGGGGCAGAACGCCGACUUCGAGUUUGUGCUCAAGGUGGACGACGACUCGUUCGUGCGCCUCGACGCGCUCGUGCCGGAGCUGCGGCGCCAGGACGCGCGCCGCCUCUACUGGGGCUUCUUCAACGGCCGCGCGCGCGUCAAGGGCUCCGGCCGCUGGAAGGAGAGCGACUGGGUGCUGUGCGACCACUACCUCCCAUACGCGCUCGGCGGCGGGUACGUGCUGUCGGCCGACCUCGUGCGCUACGUGCGGGACAACGCGCCGAUGCUCAAGCUCUUCCGCAGCGAGGACGCGGCGCUGGGCGCCUGGCUGGCGCCCGUGGACCUGCGCAGGGUCCACGACCCGCGCUUCGACACAGAGUUCCGCUCGCGGGGCUGCAGCGAGCAGUACCUGGUGACGCACAAGCAGAGCACGGAGGACAUGCUGGAGAAGCAGCAGAGCCUGCGGAGGCAUGGACGCCUGUGCAAGCGCGAGUUCCGCACGCGCCUCUCUUACAUCUACGACUGGGCCGUGCCACCCUCGCAGUGCUGCCAGCGCCGAGAGGGGAUACCCUAGCGGGAGGUGGGUAGGGGCGUGGGGGAGGAACCCCCCCCCCCCCCACCUGAUUUAGGGUAAGGGGAAACUCAACUUCGUCCCUGACUACGGGACUUCCAUGUCGCAUGGGCCGUGGUUUAAUUUCGUACGGCUGCGUAUCUUUUCGAAGUUGUGCCCUCGAGCAGCUCUACGAUGUCGUUUCGGGGUUUUCGGCGCGUGUUGUUCGGCACGGUGUCAGCUCCGUUCCUGGAGAAGCGGCCGGCAUGUGGAGCGAAACAGUCGGACGUCGUGCCGAACGGCGCGCUGCAACCCGGAUAUACGAGAAGUUGUUCAUGGUUUUUGCCGUCACUGCGAGUCUUAGCCGCACUGAUCGGGUGCCGGAGGAGAAUAUUUUCGUCCUGGCAAUAACCCGCGUUUUUUGCUCCUGUUGCUGUGAGGUCCUUGUAUACUCGGUCGACACACACGGUAUUUUUGUGAUGUUGCAUAACGCCGAGGUUGCUUGCGUGUUUUAACGUGCAGUUACCCACUAAUGGUAUUUGAAAUUACAAAAGCUUCCUCGCCCCUGCGCUAUUUGUUGGUAAGGGAGGGCAUCCUCCUUGCCUCCCACGCAGGGUCGGGUAACCGUCUAAAAGUGCUGACCACGCAGAUUUGUGAAAACCUCAAGACCUGAAAGGUGCCAGUGAAGCAGUAGCGCAGCGAGUGGAUUCAAGAACCCAACUGUGCAGAACUUUGUGUUACUAUUCCCUUGUAUGCGCGAUGGGUUUUUUCCGGUUUCGCCGGAUUCCUAAUUUAAUGUGGAAAUUUUCCACACAUUCCGAUGUAGUCAAACACCCCUGACAAAGUUUCUACACUUAUUGAGGCUUUUUCGGAUAAAUAAAGACAUUUUACGGAGCGUCGUCAUUCUGGGAACCUCAGCCUCAAGUUGUCUGCUCUUGGAGACUUUGAGAAACACGGGGCCCAUUGUCAGACCCUUCUCGUCUGGACAGUAUUAGCCUGGAUCACCAGAGGGCCCCCCACAUCCCACAGGCCCCCUCCCAUAUUUCCAGACCACACGUGGAAGAACACACAUGGAAGAGCGUGGCUUUAUUGCCGUGUCACGGCCCUCGAGCUGGAUGGCUUUAUGCCCCAUAUGUGAGGUGAGGGUUGUUACUUCUUUUGCACUGGCACAACCGUGCCGUGCUGGGACUGUCCCAAGCCAGGCCGCUGUGGCGCCGGGAUGUUUUUUUUUUCCACUGAGGAUGCCCGAGCCGUGCUGCCAACAUCACACGCGCAGUGGACGAGUCUGUAAGCCCCGCCCAUAUCCCUGCUUGGCCCCGAGCCAGAUUCGGAUGUGUUCUGAUGCCAGCUCGGCAUGGUAAGUAGCCGGUGGGAGACCACCCGUCCCCUAAGUGGCCAUCGGCUUGGAUGGGCCAAUGGAAAGAGCAUAUUUGUGUCAAUGUGUGACCGUUAAACCUGUAACUUCAUAUCCUCACAGGGAAUAUCGUCAUCGGAGGUGGUAAUGUGUGCUGUACUGUACUCUGCAAACCCCAUGCUUUGUCUUGUGUAAGUUGAUUCGGUGUGUGUGUAUCCACGAGUUGCAGGCAGCAGUGGUGUAGUGGUUGGUGCAGUGCACUGUGAACCCAGUGAUCUGAGUUUGAUUGCCAGCCACGGCUAACAUCAGUUGUGAGUGAUAUCUGAACCAGUCCUGGGCCUCCCCUAGGUCGACUUAACCUUAAAUGUGCCUGGUGCUGUGUGUAAAUAUCACCACUGGGGUGACAGGCGACAUGGUGUUGGCCACACCACCCUCUCGUUAUACCUUAAUAGGUGCUUACGGACAGCACUUGUCACGGCAGUCUGUAUGGCAAAAGGGGGGCCUUUGUCUUUGUAGUGUGUACGCUAAAGUAGUGGGGUUUAUCAGGCCAGAUUCGAUUCCAGUGACCAGUAUUGAUGGCAAAUUUAAAGACUCAUUUCAACUGAAGCUUAAUUUCAAAUGGGUCUGUCUAGGUUAAGGACUCGGAAAAUACUUCUGCGCCCGGCACACCACAUCCACUGUACCUCUCACUAUGGCUGUGGCUACUACUAUUCACGUGGGACCCUACUGCAGUCUACCAGUGGUAGAAUUUAAGGCCAGCGUUUGCAGCUGUUAGAUUAUGGCGAUACAGAAACGACUAUGAUACAUCUUGCGAGAAUAGAUUCGCGAUAAUUGUACCGUCUGUUUUUUUUGCGUGCAAAAUAUUGCGAGGUAGUGAUUAUCUUCACUGUAUUGUUAAAUACUUAACAUUUCCUGACAUUUUUUUAUUGAAACACAAAGUUCUAAAUAAUAAAUAUUUAUCAACGGUUAAAGUAGCGCUUUGACAAAUUGUUUACUGGAGAAAUUGACAGCCUGGGUCGGUUACAUCAUGACUUGGUCAUUGUUGUAAUUCGUAGAAUUAUUUGUGCAUCAUGAGCAUUAGAUGUAAUACAAAAAGGACAGUAUUUAUUUUCUUAUAUCCAGUGCUUCUAAUAGAAGAUCACAAAGCGCCGUACGUGUGAACAUUUCAACGCUCCGUAAAAACAUGAAAUUAAAAGUGCCAUAUAAAACGUAAAAUUAUGGUGAAGAGAUUGUGACUGGGGGUAGAUGUUGUAAAGUCGUUAGAGGAGUUAAGUCAGGCACAUCUUGAGUGACCUGCACUUAAAUAAAUUUUAAUUUAAAUAUCUUCUUACUAGAAGCAAAGCACAAAACACACAACAAUACAAACGCUAAAUACAAUUCAUUGCAACGUUUAUGGAAAACUGAUUUCCCGGUAAUCACUGUAACGUGAAACAUUUGUAUCGUUUCGUGAAGAUUGAUAACUCGGCAACCCCCCCACGUACAACCCCCCCCCCCCCCCCCACUUGUGACACCGUCCAGUAUUUCCGCGUGAUGUGUCUCAACGUAACCGCGUGCGUGCGUCACGCUCGUGCUGCUGUGCUGGGCUCUCCGGUGUUGCCUUCCGAGUUGUGCCGCGCGUGUUUUCCGCCCGCGGACGAUGUCUGACGGUCUCCCUCCACGUGCCGGGAGCUUCUUCAGUAGCCGAAUUCGCCGAGUGAGUGCGAGAGCGUAGUGGGUGCGUGAUUGAGUGAGUUUUUUAGGUGCGUUAGUGAGGUAUUGAUGGAGCGAUUGAGCGGUUAGGUGAGUUAAAGAGGGGGGGGGGCCUUGAUGAAGUGAGUGGGUAAUUGGAUUGAUGGAGAGGUUGAAUGCGGGAAUGGUUGAGUGGAUGAGAUCGAGCGAGUAAGUGAACCGAAUUAAGUUCCUGAAGAAACUCUUGGUGCACGGAGCGAAACGUCGGGCAUCACGCCGAGCAACGCGCGGGCGCAGCCCGUGGACACGUGGGAGAGAUUCGUUUUAAAUUCCUCGCUCCGAUUGUUCCAUAUGAUGUGCAAUCAUUCCGCAGUGCUCGUGUAUAGCUACGUGGACGAGUGUGAAGAUGUCGGCGUUAGGUUCUGACAGGUUUACAUAGUGUCUCGUCGUUUUAUCAUAAAAUAAAAUAACGCUGGAUGGAACGGU